CAGGCCCAUCAGUCUAGCGUGGAGAGAUUUCACGCCCUGGCCAUAUAUAAGAUCCUGCCUCACGCAGCUUAGGGUUUCUUCCCGGGCGCUGGCGGCGGAUUAGGGUUUCACUUGCAUCCAUUCUCAACGUUAGCAGGAGCGAGUGGGAGUCCGGCCAUGGCGCCGUCGCAGCCCAAGUCAGGGCUCUUCGUGGGCAUCAACAAGGGCCACGUCGUCACCAAGCGCGAGCUGCCGCCUCGCCCGUCCGACCGCAAGGGGAAAGGUACAAAGAGGGUGCAUUUUGUCAGGAACUUGAUCAGGGAGGUUGCUGGAUUUGCUCCCUAUGAGAAGCGUAUCACUGAGCUUCUUAAGGUUGGAAAGGACAAGCGUGCACUCAAGGUCGCCAAGAGAAAGCUUGGUACUCACAAGAGAGCAAAGAAGAAGAGAGAGGAGAUGUCAAGUGUCCUUAGGAAGAUGAGGUCUGCUGGUGGUGGUGCUGGUGACAAGAAGAAAUAGAACUUGGCUAGCUGGUGAAUUUUAUCCGGAAGCAAAGUCCUGUAUUACCAGUCCGUACCUAUAGAGCUAUGGCCAUUGUGUUGACACUAUCUUUAGCCCGUGGUUUCUAUUUUGAGAAGACCAAUCUUUUUAAGAUUUUUACAUGAGUCUGGUGCCUUUGUUUGAUUACUUGGUACUCUGCUGUUUAUUCAGUUAUGUAGCUUGUCUGGGUUUUGUACCUGCGAUUGUUAUAUGUUUUCAGAAAGCCCUGCCACGGUGUGAACUUGGAGCCCA